UUUAUGAAGAAUACAAGAAAGAGUAUUCUACUUCCAAUGACCGUAUUCAAUACGAUCUAAGGUCUUCUAAACAUGUAGACACAACCAGUCUACCACAUACAAUGACUCAGAUGUAUAAUGCUGGUGUCUAUGGUCAACUUGUAACAAGUUUGAUAGACAACAUGAUUGUGCCUGCUACACAUACGCUUGAUUUAAAAGCAAUUGAAUUGGAUAGACAGGUAAUGGUUCUAUAGUUGUAUGGGAGGCAUUAAGUAUUUCUUUAUAGAUUGCAGAACUCAAGAAACAAAAAGAACAAUUGCUGUCCAAUUUAUCAACCACAUCCAACAGAAAACCGGACAAUUAUUUGAUACAACUCUAGUCAUUUUCUUUUCUUUUCUUUUGCUUAUGAACUUUUUAAAUCAAGAUCAAGACAAUUCAUUAAAGAUUGCAUGGAAUGCAGGAACAUUAGGUGUUCAUGGGAGAGGAAAAAGAAUGCUUAAAAAGAACAUCAUUGUGUCCUUCAAUGUGCCUAAAUUAUGUCAACUAGUGAGCAAUGAACAAUGCAUCAUCUCACUUGGCGCAAAAGCAUGUUUAUUGUAUGGCGCAUCCACUAUCAUGAGACAGCAGUCUAAUAUUCUAUAUGAGGACACAGUUCAAUUAUGCAAGAAACUCAAAACUGGCUUAACUCGUCCUGAAGUCAAACCAGAUAUUAAUCUAGAAAAGCUUUUUGCAAGUGAAAGUGCCAUUACUUUAUUAGAAGAGCGUGAUGAUCUACUGGUGUUUAAGAGCAGUAUAAAUGCUCCUUCUUUUUCAGAUUUGUUUGAUGGUCAUAAUGCUUAUUCAAGCCAACAAGAUCAUAAUCUACAUCAAUUCGAAACGGACCUCUCACCUUUGCUUAGACUUUCUUCUAUGCAUAUUGACGAGUCAAAUUCAGGAUUGUUUCAAAUGUUAAGGGAUUCAACUAUAGAACAACCAGUCAUGUUUCCAUUACAAGCGAUGAUAAACCUACGAGACGAGAUGGUUGACUUUGGUUUCGAUAUGGAUGAUCAUGACCCAAUUCAUGAUGAGGGCCAAGAUUUCACUGAAGCCCUUGAAGAGAACAAUGAAAACAAUAAACAAGGAUUUCGCCUUAGCACAGAAGCAUACGAUACUAUUUUCGACCUUCCUCAUGCCUCCAGGGAUCCUCUGUUAACAAAGAGUGUAACUGCGCACUCUCCUUUAAACAAGGCGACACUAUCUCCUCAUCAUUCGAGUCAUUCUCCUGCAACCAGUGGACGAAAUCGUAAUCCAAGUGUGAGUAGUCCCCCACCUCUUAUUCGAGAAGAAGACGAGGAGAGCAUUGCUUCUAUGAACACAGAACUUUAUGCCUCUUUGGUCCCUGAAGACCAUCCUGACAGAAUGUUCGUGUCCCCUAUUCCACCUACUUUGCAUCGUCCUAGAGCGGUUAAGCGCAUGAUGUUGAGUCGAGCACAAGAUACCGUCCUGUCAUUUGAUGAAUACCAAGCCACAGACCGUAUCGUGACAAGCGGAGUACCUCAACGAAAAAAGGAUGUUCGACACUGGAUUCGAUAUCCAUCCAUGAUCACAGUUGAAAAAGGAGUAGGCAUGGCAAGACAAGUUGGAGCACUUCUUAAUUCCAACCGAGUCUAUGACAGGGACCCGAUAGAAUUUGGCCGCACGGUGGAGAAAUCAAGGCGAUUUGACAGACGACGUGAUGGUCUGAAUAGUUGGUCACAAUCUCCUUCUGCUUCUUUUAUAGGUGCUUAUCAGAGCACUGGCGUCUCUGUUCGGUCCACAUCAGAUGUACAUACUCCUGAACUGCACAACAUCAAUUUAGACCUUGGUGAAGAAGCCAGCAUGAACUUAUUACAGGAGCAUCAUCAAGUGGGUUGGCAAUUUGACGAUCAACAGAUAUCGUACGGUGACAAUAUGGAUAUCGAUUACGGAUUUCUUGAUUUUGAUGGUCAUCAACUGAAUCUAGAGGAAACAGAAGAACAAACCAAUCAAUUUCUCGACGAGUUAAAAUCAUUGGGCGCCCAACAAAGGAUACAGCUGGAUUAUUUACUUCAAUACAAAACUCGAUCUGAAAUAGCCAGAAUAUUUUCGCAUGUUCUUGAGCUAGCUACAAAGGGGAAAAUCCGAACAUUUCAGCCUGAGCCUUAUAGCUCAAUUGACAUAGAAUUGAUUCAUAUAUAGCUCUUUUUUAUAUAUGUAUAUAUCACAUUGAUCAAAAUCAGGUUAUCGUAUUUGCUUGAUAUUAUACAAAAAAAUAUAUAUAAAAAAUAAAAUAGAAAAAAAAAACGUAGCAUGUUAUCACAACUGUCCAUAUAUAUAUAUAUAAAUUCUAAAUCUUUU